UGCGAUUUCUCCAUAUCAGCAGUAUCACACUAUCCCGCUCAACUGCAACCUCUGAUAAGAAAUCAGAAGAAUCGAGAGAGAAACAAUGGCGUGGUAUGCUUUGAAACCCUUCCAUGUCCCUAUGAUGAAGGCUGGCGCACUUCGUCCUCGGUCUCCGUUGGCCAUCGGCGGCUUCGGAUGGGCUUCAGUCGUCGGCACAAGCCUCUGGAACUCUUCUUCCAACCGAUCUUUUGCUCCGCCCCUCGCUUCAUUAAGCACUGCCACCACUUGUUCUAAAAAGGAGGCUGUUAAGACAGACAAGGCUCCAGCAGCAUUGGGACCAUAUUCUCAAGCAAUCAAAGUCAACAACCUUAUAUUUGUUUCUGGUGUUCUAGGUCUUAUUCCGGAGACUGGGAAGUUCAUCUCAGAUAGUGUUGAGGAUCAGACGGAACAGGUGCUCAAAAAUAUGGGUGAAAUACUAAAAGCUAGUGGUGCUGACCAUUCAUUCGUUGUAAAGACAACAAUCAUGUUGGCUGACCUGAAAGAUUUCAAAAAAGUGAAUGAGAUCUAUGCAAAAUACUUUCCUGCUCCAUUUCCUGCUCGUUCAACAUAUCAGGUAGCAGCAUUGCCAUUGGAUGCAAAGAUUGAAAUUGAGUGCAUUGCUGAACUUCCCUGAAAACUUGAACUCGGGCCUCAUCAUUUAGGGACUUGGCCAACUUCAGAAAGUGCGAAAGUUAACAAGGUGGGAUGGGGGUGAACUGACCAUGAUAAUUGUGGUCUGCUUUUGUCUUGCUUUUCUCAAAUGUUGCUUUGUCUGGUGCGACACUAAUAGUGGACAUCAUUUAGAGCAAGGGAUAAGCCCCAAUACAAUUGGGGAAUUGGGAAUGGACAAAAUUUGAGGAUGCUAAAAUUUUUAUUAAAAUUUUGUUGUAGUGGUGUUAUCAGCCUAUGCUAAUAGACUUUCUUAGUGCAAUUUGAA